GCCACUGCUAGUACGUCUCAAAUGCGCCUGCCGGAACAUCCCGCAUCCUGCACAGACCGACCACGCUCUCAGCCAAUGUUAAAUAUUCAUAUUCCGAAAAUUCUGCUGACACAGCACAAGCAACCACAUUGCAGCAUUCGUUUUUCCCAAACAGUUGUUGUUGAUGAUUGUAUUCCCCGCCACGGCAAUGCAAUGGCGUGAUUAUUAUUAAAGUAUCCUGUGACCACUCGUCUUUUGAUGAUACUGCGCACGUCAGCGGAUUGUGCAGCUGUUGACCUUUACAGUAUCCAGUAGAUAAAAAUGUCCUACCGCACAUCCCGCCAUUCAGAUCACUUUGGCACUCGAUCAAGUGGCUCAUCCGCGGACUAUCAGACGCCAUCUUCCAGACGGUAUUCGGCGGGCCGUUCUUACAGCAAUACUCCCCACAUUUCUAACUAUUCCCCUUCAAGUAGCAGCUAUCUCCCCAGUCGACCGCCGGCCUACCCAUCAACGUCCAGCACAUAUCUCAGCACUCCGCGUAGCAGCUAUCGACGCUCUUCACAUGACGUUGGCGAUGUUUACAAACGAUCAUACGAACCAAGUUCAACAAAGUACUCCAGCACGUCGGAUAUUGUUGGCACAGGAGAUUACAGUACACGGUCGGGCGCGCAUAAAUACGAUCACGAGCCCUACACCAGUUCCUUAAUUUCAUCCCGCGCCUCACGUUCCUAUGAUAGACUCCCCGCCAACGAUACGGACAUGUCAUUUGCCGGUACAACCGUGCGAACAGCAUCUGAUUCACCCUAUCGCCGUUAUCGCAGUCGCGACGAAUCAGCAUCAAAACCACAACCUGAUGAACGCGAAAAUGAGGCUGCUGCUGACGCAGAUGCUAAUAAAAAAACUCGUUAUCACAGUCCGGAGGUAGCGGCAAUACCGUCAAGUUCAAGAUUGGUGCCAAGUGGCCAUGAUGAUCCAACGCGUUUGGACGUAAUUGAAGCUGACGCGGAUGCAGCCCACAAAAAUCAGCAGCCGAAUUCUGUGGCGGACGCUGACCAUACAACCGCUCGUAAACCGUCGCUGUCCAAUGUUAGCGACAGUAUCACAAAAGUCUCAGAAUGGCAGAAACGCCUGGAUUCGGAAACGCCUGAACGUUCCAUUCCCCAAACCAGCUUGCCAGAUCACGCUACUCCGGAGAUAAAGGUCUCGACAUUUGAUACAGACUCUGACGACGGGGAGGCCUUUUUCUCCACCAAGGAAGAUGUCAGUCCUUAUAAACGAACAGCGUCACCGUAUCUCAGUUUUCGCAAAACCGACAGUAGCGAUGCAAUGGACACCAUGUCAUACAGAACACCCGGCGAGCUUUCAGCAGGUUCUCCUCCUCAAUCAUCCCUAGCUGAUGUCGACGAUCACAAUCUCGAGACAGAUGAGGAAGGCGCGAAUAUUCCCAGAACGCCUAGUCCAGACGAGCAAAUUACUAAACUAAACACGUCGAAACCUCCGCCAGCCAAACCACGCGGAAUAUCCUUUUUGCGCAGUGACAGUCGGGAAUCAACUACCAGUGGCCGGCCUAAUCGCUGUUCAUCAUUUCAAGAUCUGAGGGAUAUCGACAACGCAACAGAUGAGCCAACAGUACCUAAGCGCCGUCUUUCCGCCGAUAAUUUCGACCGGAAGCAUAUCAGCUUUUUGCCCACGACGGACAGUAGAACAACGGGUGAAAAGGACACCGACAGUGUUAGGUCAAAACGCAGCGAAGACGGCCGCGAGCUGGAUUUUAUCUCGGACAGUGGCCUACCGGAAUCGGAGUUCGGCGAAACUGUCCGAGGAUCUGAUUCAGAGGAGGAACUACGCGUGUCACAUCGUAGCCGUUCUGGUACAAAAGCAGCGGACGAGGAUGAGCCCAGCACGUUGAUCAUCGGUAAAGAGUCGGCUGCGCACAGUGACGACGACACGAUGCAUGAAGUGUCACCGCCGCGCAAAGAUAGUGCACUGGAUUCUUCAGAUGAUAAACGGAACUGGAGCAGUAUGAACAAGACUUCCAGGCGGAAGUCCAGUUCUGAUAUCAGCGAUUCCGUAUAUGAUGCCCCGAAAGACCAACCAUACGUUAGUCCGUAUCGUAGAGGCGGGUUUUUAAGUUUUCUGAAGAGAACCAAUUCAGCCGGUGAUGAGCUGGAAACUACACCAAAUACGGAAGAAAAAAAAGAGACAAAAAAGCAGCGCACCGAUAGCGUCGAGAGCGAUUUCUGGGAUUCGUUUAAUGAUGACGACAAGCCACGUUCGAAGUCAGCUGACCCUUCGACCGCACCAGUCAGCUAUGAAAGUAUGGAUACGGACGAUAAUCUGCGUUUCGAUGUUUUUUCGAAAAAACGACUAAGCAUUGACAACGGAGUGAAAGACGAAUUAGUAAGCAAGAAAUCUCCUACUACUCCAUUUCUCAGUUUUCUGAACUUCAAUAAAAAUGCGGAUGACGAAGCGUUUCCAGGCGCGUCAGAUAAAGAAACGCCAGAAAGUCCGUCAACAACAGCAAAACUAAAGAAAAUACCCUCUGUUGAUUUCUGGGCUGAAAUUCUCAGUGACAACGAAGGUCACGAAGAGAAACACCCAUCUAAGCCGUUACCGGAUGAUAAUGCCAUGAAUGAUAAUACUGCAACCAGCAAGACUACGAGCCGUAUAUCGCAAGAUGGAGCCGGCAAUUUCUGGGCAGAAUUAAACUCGUCAACAGAGCCAUCCAACAGCAAGUCGAAGCUGAAGAAAGACGAAUCCCAAGAAUCGAUAGACUUCUGGGAAGAACUAGGCAAAGACGACAAAAGCAAUAACAUCACAAUCGGCCGAUCUCUGCAAAGCCAAGAAUCCAAGGAUAGCGCGCCUGAUUUCUGGGCGGAAAUUAACGAAGCUCACAAUGAGCCACAAACAUUCACCAGCAAGGCAAAACUGAAAAAGAAUGAAUCACAGGAGUCUGUUGAUUUCUGGAAGGAGUUAGGAAAUGAAGACGAAGGAGAACAGAAGUCAGCUGCGCGGUCACUGAAACAUCAAGAAUCGGCGGACAGCGGCUCGGAUUUUUGGGCGGAAAUUAGUAAUGAUGCCGACACCGAAGACAAAAGCAGCAAAAAUGUUCCUUCGCGCAAUAACGACGAUCCAGGGCAAAACAACAAUACAAAAGCAGGCGAUGCGCGAUUCAAGAGAUUGGAAAGCAACGACUCUGUUGAUUUUUGGGCUGAAAUUAAUCCCGCCAACGAUAGACCGGAAAAUAUUCGACAGGAAAAAAAUGAUUUAGAAGAGAUCGACGAUAGAUCUGGUUCAGAGGUUCAACGCGCAGUAUCUCCGUACGCGAGAAGCGGAUCAAAACUAGCCAGACCGAGCAGCCUGCCAUUAGGCGACUCAAAACCGGGAAACACCGAAGCACUGGCAAGGGAGAAUGACCAAGACAUGCCGGCUUCCCCGUAUUUACAGAGCGAUAACUCAACGAAAACACCAUCGACACCGGCGACACCGCCAGAACCGAAGCGUCGGUUGUCCCUGUUGCGGCAACGGAGCCAGUCUGCGGAUACUGAAGAGACGCGAGCGGAACCGGCUGCCAAAUCUCGCCCACCGCCCAUUAGCUUUCUUCGGCGCACGAGCUCCGCCGAAGUGUCUCUCAACGAUAUGUUUGCCGCGAAUGAGCUGCCUCCGACACCCAGAUCACCACGCACUAAUAUGGCGUCUCUUCCGCCCAUCAUAAGACGGUCACCUUCACCUUCGCCGGCCAGCAAGCGAUCGCGUGGCUCGGUGGAUUCCGGUUCGGCAACUCCAGAGAUCCCAAAAAGUCCUGUGCGGGGACCGAAAUUUUUUGCUGCCGAUACGGUGUUUCCUGGAAGUCCAACAAUAUCUCCUUCGGCCGAGAAGCCUAUUAGCUUUCUGACCGCAAAAGGCUCAGAUAUAUCCGAUAAAGAUAGUGAAAUGAAGGAAGCAUCGGAGGUAAAGAUGUCGAUAAAGUCGCCAAAUUCUGAGUAUCAGCCAAUCAGUUUCUUAAGGCAGUCGUCUUCAAUCGCUACAGAAAAAAGCAGCGCAGAAAAUUUGCAUUCCAAUAUAUCCUCGCCAGUUACAGACAGUUCAAAGGCAUUCCAGACCGAAAAAACAAGCGAGGAAAAAUCGCAGGCAAAAGUAUCUCCAAUCAGUUUUCUCCAGCCCAAAAGUGACAAUAACGUACCUAGUGCAAAAGUAUUCAGCCCACCACAAAGUCCAAGUCCGUAUGCGGCUAAACGACAGACUUCCCAAACCAGUACUGUUGCUUCCAUCUUCACAACGGAACCGGAGAAAAUUGACAUAAAAAGUGGACGUUCAUUUUCUCCGCCAGUGCCGGCACAAGCAACAAAGCAACGGGAACAGCUUCAGGAAUCACCUUUCAGCUUUUUGCCUAAAUCAACCGAACCAAAAACCCCGGUGACGGCUGCAACUCCUGAUGUGACACCUCUUAGCUUUCUUCCUAAACAACCUGAGACGAAACCCUCAUCUAAAACACCUGCGGAUAAAUCGGCUGAAUUAGCCGCUCCCGUCGUUACAGUGGAGAUUAAGCCAAAAUCUCCAACGACACAGACUCCCCAACAAGAUAGCACGAAAAUCCGGUCCAGCUCCGUUGAAACUACAGCCCAACGGUCGACACCUGAACCACCUCAUCCAAUGACCACCAUGCGACAAAGGUCACAGUCUAAUUCACGGGAGGGCGAGACCGAUUCACCCGAUAGCACACUUCGACGUCGACAACGCCCGUCAGCAAAAUACGCUGAAACUGAUAUCGAGUCAAAACCGCCGGUUAUGUCAGCGAAAGAUAGACUCCUCAGUAAAAUGCAAGCGGCAGCGGUCACGCCUGAACCGUCGGACCCGUUCGGACAAAGAAAGCUUUCAGUAGCACAACCCAGUGUGAGAAAAUUAUCAGCGGAAAAUAUUUCACCAUUAGGAUCACGAAAAUCAUCAAUGGAAACAACUGAGUUAAGUGAGCAAGAAGCAAAACUAAAAGCGUCACAAGAAGCUGCCAGGCUUCGCAAUAUUGAGAGAGAAAAAAAGGAACAGGAACGCUUGGCUGAAAAAAAGCGACAAGAAGAGGAACGAUUGCGGAAGAUAGAAGAAGAAAGGAAACAAAGAGCGGAAGAAGAGCAAAAACGCCGAGAAGAGGCAAUAAAGAGACGUGCCGAGGAGCAGCAGCGGAAAGCCAAGGAAGAGGAAGAACGGCAAGAACGAGAGCGCAUUCGUCAGCUGGAAGAAAAACUACGAGAAGAAAAACGACAAGUGGAAGACGAGCGGUGUAAGCGCGAGGAAGCGGAAAGGGACGCAAUGGACAGAGCGAAGAAAGAGCGCGAAGCCAAGCGACAAGCACUAGAGGAGCAGAGAAAGAAAGAGGCUGAGGAAGAGCGGAUGCGUAAACAAAAACUGGAAGAAAAGCGGAAAGCGGACGAAGAACGCCGACGAAAAGAAGAACAAGAAAAAUUCGAGGAAGAAAAACGUAAGCGGGAAGAACGCGAGACCAAGCGCCGGGAACAAGAAGAGAAACGCAGACAGGAAUUAGAGGCCAUCAGACUAAGGGAAGAAGCCGAAAAGGAAAGACUUGCAGCGGAGAAGAAAAAACUCGAAGAACAGAAGCGCAAAUUAGAAGAGGAGGAAAAACGGCGAGCGGAAGAGCGGAGGAAACGGGAUGAAGAGGAGCGAAAACGGAAAGAAGAAGAAAGGCAGAAACGCAAGGAGCAAGAACUACAAAAAUAUGAGGAAAAAUUUAAAAAGAUUGAUGAACAUAAAAAAGAAAUUUCAGACGUCGCCCAAAGAAAUAUCGAAAGUCACAAAGAAGCCGAACGGAGAAAGCAUGAACUAGCUCAAAUUAAAAUGACCGAGCAGAAGGAAGUAGAAAGAAUCCGUCUGGAAGCGGAAGCUGAAAAAGCGCGCCAACAGAAUGAAAAGCGUAUGAGAGGCGCGCCGGAGCUGGACCCAUCGUUAAAGCUGCCUGCUCGCCAGCCGACGCAACCACUUCCACUGGAUGCGGUCACGACCGUUCCAAAGCCAACAGAAAAGAAAGUCGGUUCCCUCAAAGACAAGUGGGAGCAACAAGCUGUAACCGAAACGCCUAUGCAAAAAGCUUUCACGCCUCCUCAACAAAAAAUGGCAGAACAAAAGGCCCAGGUAUCAAAUAGUACGCAAAAGGUACAGCCGCCAGAGGCAGCAUUAACUGCCCAGAAGCCGCAACCACAACAGCAGCCACAAACAUCGACGACGCCAGUAUCCGCGCAAAGUCCAUUUCAAACACCAUUACCACGAGAUCUGAGUGAACUCUCGAAAGUAACUUUACCGGCAUCCAUCAGCCAACCUCCGCGACCUACGACCUUGCCGCUAGCGCCAUCGCAGCACAUUUACGAUGAGCCCGGUCCCGUAAAAACUGUUAAUAUAAUCCGGGCACCACCAAAACCACAGAAUCAGAACCAGCAGAUCAAAGAUAAAUUUGCCGGUACUCAGGUAGAUGCUGGCCGACCGCCCGUUCAGAGCACAGGACAACCGCACAAGCAAGCCCCGAGCCAACAAAGCAAGCACCAGGUUCAGCCGGAGCCUGUCUAUGCUGAACCGGAUGUUGCACAACGUCCCCCGCCACCAGGACAGCUGAAGCCGCAACGCUCCCGCGGAUCGUACAUUGGCGGGGUAGUGGAUAUUGACGAUCUGCUGGGCGGCAGUAAAACAAAUUUUCUACAAACGGCUCGCACUCGAUCACAGGAACGCCCCGGCUCACGCAGUGCCUCUCAGAGUCGUGAUCGAGCAGCUGACCAGACUAACAGCCAACAAGCUUUAGGGCAGAGCGGGAAAGCACAACCUGCACAAGGUGUUUCUCCUGCUUCUCCUGCUGUGCCCUGCGUUGUGCUGGAGAAGAAAGAUUAUGUAAGAAAACGCGUGUGGCAUGAAUUAAGGCGCUGUCUACGCCCCGAUGUGGAUGUCUUCUUGGGCUUGCCCGCUUUGCCAGACCCCAUGAUUGGGAGCUCCCAAACCUCGUAUGAUAUCUUUAAAAUUCCCGGAAAAAGUUCGUACUGCAAUAAACACGGCAAGGUUGACGACUGUGCCCUACAGUUGUGGCGGUACAAUGACGCCGGUCAGCUGGAAAACUCCUCGUAUCUUGAUCUUGAGUCAAGUAUUGACGAACAACGAGAAGAAUUUGACGGCUUCUUCCAUAAUCGUCGGAACGCCAUGAUAUUGCGGACAUCAUUAACGGUUCGUGUGCAUACAAUCGUCGAAAAGCUUCUACACUCAGAUGGACGGGAGUUAAGAAGGGCUUUGUUUUCCCUUAAGCAGAUCUUCCAGGAUGAUAAGGAUCUUGUACAUGAAUUUGUUACACAUGAUGGAUUGGAUUGUUUAAUGAAAGUCGGAAGCGAAGCCGAUCAUAACUAUCAGAAUUACAUUCUGCGAGCACUUGGUCAAGUGAUGUUGUACGUGGACGGGAUGAACGGCGUUAUCCAACAUAACGACACAGUCCGUUGGUUGUACACACUUCUUGGCUCUAAGUACCGUCUUGUGCAAAAAACUGCGUUGAAACUUCUCUUGGUCUUUGUGGAGUAUGCUGAAAGCAAUUGCGAACUCCUGGUUGAAGCUAUUGAAGCGGUUGACAGAGUCAGUCGCGAGAAGCCAUGGUCAAAUGUAAUGAAAAUUUUAAGCGAAAAAGAUCCCAGCGAUCCGGAACUGCUCGUCUUCGCCAUGACACUGAUCAAUAUGACCGUGCAAGGCAUUCCAGACCAGGAUACCUUUUAUGACGUCGUCGACCAUCUCGAAGAACUGGGUAUGCUUGAUGCUUGCGAAUAUCAUAAAAAGCGAAAAGGCUCGGAUAUGGAAUUAAUACAGCAGAUCGAAAUAUAUGAUGCUGUGCUGAAGCAUGAGGAUGGUAUGAAAAGUGCCUUACCCGAUCAGCCGAACAUUCGACAGCUUCCUAGGACCAAGAAAGCCGGCGAAGAACGAAAGAGUCGUCGACAUGGCGGUGCCGGGCCAGAACAAGUCAAUGGAAAGCCGAACGGUCAUUCGUCCAAACCGAUUUCUUUUCUGCAACCUGAAGCUGCCAAAACUCAAGUGCCUGCAUCCCCGUCCACACUGCGAAAGCGAUCUGAAUCACCUUAUGCGGAUCCUGGGGAUACACGACGGAAUCAGUUGACAACGCCUUCGCCCAACCGUGCCAGAAAAGUGCCUUAUGACCGAAACGACUCAGGAUCGUCAGUGGCUUCCAGUACGUACAGUCCAGUGUCCACUUCUGCAGACUAUAAUGCCGUUACCAACCACGCACCUGGGAAGACUGUGGAAGCGGGAAGAGGUGCGCCACGCCGAUAUGGUGAAGUUGCUAAGCCCGCUGCUGAGCCUCCUAAACCAUCGCCGACAUCUCCUUUUACGCGUCCUGCACCGCCCGGUAUGGGCGUCAAGCCCACGGUGAAUGAGCCUGCACCAGAGCCCGGACGCCGUGAUUCCAUUAUGACUGAGAAGAAAAGUUUUGCUAUGGGUAUGAUGUACGCGUCUACCCCGGAUAAAUCUACCUCCCCCACUCCGCAGCCACCUGCGGUUUCUCCAGCAGUUGCACCGUUCAGAUAUCCCGUCCCAGGGGCUGCGCCGGCACCUGUUGCUCCUGCAGCUCCAGCUGGUUCACUUGCUGAAAAACUGGCCAAGGCGCGUGGUGGCCUAACAGCCGCCCCUGAGGUACCAGAUGCAGCGCCUGCGCCACUACCAGCGACUUCGCCUACGGCUCCCAUGACUGCCAAAGCCCAGGCUGCCGCUAUAGCUGGUGCUAUUACUAAUAAGAACCUCAGUCGAGGAUUAUCGAAGAUUGACGAGCCGGGUGCGCCAUCCGCAGCGCCAGCACAAAAGUCUGAGACCGAUUUACUCUGGGAAGAUCUGGAAAGGACCUUCAAACGACCCCUGAAACUUAACGAAAUGGACUUCACUGACCUUGUAGCCGGGGAUGAUCUCGACGUGCUUGCACCUCAAGCGAUGAUGAUGGGCGCAGGCGGUGGUCCCCCACCGCCCCCGGGUGCUCCACCAGGACCCCCACCACCUCCUGGCUUCGGUCCGCCGCCACCUCCUCCCGGUUUCGGACCUCCACCACCACCAGGAGCUCCUCCUGGUCCGCCCCCUCCUCCUGGAUUUGGGCCUCCUCCGCCUCCGGGUUUAGCCCCACCUCCUCCCGGACCUCCGGGAAGCAGGAGUGCCUCCCCCGCACCGGGUGGGAAACCUGGCAAGAAAAUGGUCAAAGUCUUCUGGAAAGAAACGAAAAAUCAGCCAUUACCGCCUGUGAUUGCUAAAGAAGGAACAAUUUGGGACAAUGUUAAACCGGUCGAAAUUGAUAAAACAAAACUGGAAGCCUUAUUCGAGGCAAAGCAGAAAGAAUCUGCCAAGGCCACUACCGAUAAGAAAAUCAAAGAUGUCGUCGUUCUGGACAAUAAGCGAUCAAACGCCAUUAACAUCGCAUUGACCAAGUUACCACCGGCUCGAACUAUUAAGACAGCAAUUAUGAAGAUGGACAGUACGAUCAUGAGCAAAGAGGGGAUUGAGAAAAUACUUUCUGGUUUGUUACCAACCGAUGAAGAGAGGACCAAAAUUUUGGAUGCUCAAAUGGCGAACCCUGAAUUACCCUUGGCUUCGGCAGAACAGUUUUUGAUUACCUUGACUACUGUUACUGAUCUGGUUCCGCGGCUGAAGUUGUGGUUGUUUCAAUUGGAUUUCCCCAAUAUUGAAAAGGAGGUUGCUGAACCGCUCUUAGAUCUGAAACUCGGCAUGGAAAAGCUUAAGAAAAGCGCAACGUUCAAGAAUAUUUUGGGCAUGUUACUAGCAGUGGGCAACUUCCUGAACGGUGUAGAGGCCAAAGGUUUCCAGAUUGAUUUCCUGACUAAAGUUCCGGAAGUGAAAGAUACAGUGCGGAAAGAGAGUCUUAUGCAUCACGUUUGUGACAUGAUGCAGGAGAAAUUCCCACAGUCCACUGAUCUGCAUUCGGAACUGGGAGAAAUCUCACGCUGCUCCAAAGUAGACUUUGAUGAUCUGAAGACGAGUCUCGAUAAAAUGGAAACGGAAUGCAAAGCGUCUUGGGAUCACUUGAAGGCGAUCGCGAAGCACGAGCAAGGAGAAAUGAAGCAGAAGAUUACGCAAUUUUUGAGCGAUGCGGCGGAACGGAUUAUUGUUCUAAAGAUUGUCUAUACGCGUGUGAUGAACCGUUAUCACAAAUUCCUGAUAUGGAUGGGCCUUCCGAUGUCCCAAUCAAAGGAGACAAAGCCGCAUCAGUUUUGUAAAAUAAUUAGUGAGUUCGCUUUGGAGUACAGAACCACACGGGAGAAAAUAAAAGAAAAGGGCCAGUCAAAGAUUAAGUACAAAGAUCGCAAGCGAACGCGCGGCAAGCUUAUUACCGAGACGGAUAAUUUCGCUGGUACUUCACCGACACCUGGUGCUCAUCCAGAAGAUAAAGCUCUACAAAAUCUUCUGAAGAACGGCACGGCUAACGAUAGCAAAGUGGCGAAUACUCACGGUGUGAAGGUGCGCACUCGGCAGUCCUUUGAGCCGGCCAAGCCAGCUAUUGCACAGGGUGCCAGUGAUGACACGGAGGAAGAGGAUGCGAUGCUAGAGAGUCUGGUGAAAUCUGCCACUGGUAGCCGUAAAACUCCUGCCGAUAGAGCCGACAAGAAAAAGCAACCGUCACGGAUUGUUAAUCGCAAAUCCCUGCGCCGUACACGAACGCUGAAGCUGGAUGAAGUCGAUGGGCCGCAGUAGUUGGGCCGAAUAGAUUUUAUGGCUUUUUAUUUGUAGAGAUUAAUUAUUCUUCGUGUCACAAAAAGGGAUUGCGAUAUUUGUAAUCUCUUGACGCGCAUUUUUUUGUGAUUAACCCCCAAAUUUUUUGUGCUUUUUGCUCCGAUUUUGCCCUAAUCAGAUUUGCGAAGUUACUACGUACUAAGUGUUCUUCUUAUACUGCAGUAGUAUUUUUGGCCUUUAGAUAUGCUGCUUUGCUCAUCCGGUUCAUUUGAAUAUUUUAUGAUGGUUUUAACUUGUAUAUAGAUCUUUUGGGUUCGAGCUGGCCGUUUGCUCGUGGUUUGUGUAGUCUUGAGCUUUGAUAAAACAAUUUAAAGAAUUAAAAUCCGUUAUU